AAGCACAUUUGGCUCAGAGUUUCACGUUUCAACAUCGCUUUUCUUACCAGCCAUGUCUACCACAUUUGAUUGUGAGAGGCUGGCUGAUGAUUGGGACCAAACGGAGAGCGUUAGGUUGAGGCUGAGGGAAACCAAGCCCUUGUGUGUCAAAGUGGGCUCAAAGCAAUUGCCGGAUUCUUCUGUGGCUGAGUGUGCAGCGAACAGUGACCUUCUUACUCCUGCAUGCAUGCGGCUCUUCGCCUCGCGUGGAAAGCUUCCUGACAUCCAGAGCUUGCGUGACACUGUCUUGGACGUCUACAAGAAGAGCAGCCGUCAAAUCCAUGACGAGGAGAUCGAUGAUAUGGCAUGGGAGGUGAGGAAAAUGCUCCGCUUGAUCAAGCGAAAGGCUGGGAGGUCUGAAGUCAGCCAGGUUCCUGAAUUUCAAGAGCUGGUUGUCAUCUUCAAGCCGGAAUUGGAGGAAGUGGUGACUGCCGUGAAUAACCGGUUGAAGAAAGAGUCCAUGGAAUCCGAUGCCCAGGAAACCGAUGAUGAUGAGGAGGAAGAGGAUUGUGUGGACCUGUCUCGUGAGCCGAAGGAGUCAGCCGCGAAGGAGUCAGCCUCCCUUCCUGAGACGACCCCAGCCAGUAGUGGUCUUGUUGAAAACCCGAAAGAGUCCAAGCCAGAGUCCAUGGAGCCCAAAAGUGGGGACAUGCCACAUGCUUCUGUCCCGCUUCCUCCCGCCCCAGCUCCUGUCGCCUUGGAACCAGAGAAGGCAGCAGCCCCACCUGAGAAGGGUGUAACUGUUGCUUCUUCCAUUGCUGAAGCUACUUCUUCUACGCGUGAGAGCUUAUGCCCACCUGAGAAGUUUUCUGAGUACACCCUGAUGCAAGAGCUGAAGCAAAAGCAGGCACGUCUUCUAGAGAUCCAGCAGCGAAGGAUGGAGGUUGUCGCUCUUGAGAAGCCUGCCAACCGCAAUUUGGCUGCUGAGUUCAAAGCAGUGGAAGGCCUUAUGGACAACGUGGAGACUCAGGUGCAGGAUGUCAUGGAACUCCCAACUCCUGGUCCGACUCCUAUUAAGCCGAUGUCAUUUGAUGAGAAAGCGGAGGUAAGGCGUGCCAAAUUUCAGAACAAGCCGCUUGGUGAUGCUACACUUACACCCUCUACAGUGACUCCUGCUGAGAGCAGCCCUGCUCCGCUUACUCUCCCUUCGGCCUCACCGGUUGAUCCUUCUCCCAAAGAGCCUGCGCCAGCACGUGAAGCUUCUGAAGAACCACCAUCCAAAAUGAAGGUUGUUACACGGCGAGACCAGCUGGCCAUGAAGGGCGAGACACGUGGACGUGGCCGUGGUAAGGGGCGCGGUCGGGGACGGGGACGCAAAGCACAGGAGGCGGAAGAGAAUGACAAGAAUGAUGAGGAAGAAGAUGGAGAAAUCCUUGAGCCAGAGCAGGGGGAUGAUCAGGAGGAUGAUAAGACGAGAAAGCCUCCUACACAGGCUCCAAAGGCGAAGGCCAAGCCUGCAGCCAAGACCAAGGCUGCAGCGAAGGCCAAAACAAAAGCUGAGAGCUCAAAGAAACAGAAGACUAUGCCAGCACCUUCAGCGGAGCUUGGGGAUCAUGAAGAGCCGCCGAAGAAAGCGCCAAAACGAUCCACAUCAGCUGCAGCAUCAGGAAGCACUGCGAAGAAAGCGAAGGCCGAGACGCCUCAAGAGUCUGACAAGCCUUUGAAUGAGGCCAGGGUGCAGAAGAUUGUGGACUUUGUCAACUCUGUGGACUUCGAGCUGGACAUCAAGGAUCAGGUGAAGUCCGCGCUGGAGCCGGCCAGGACGGUCGCCAGCAGGCUCAACAUUUAUUGGUCUCGCUAUGCUUGUGGUGUCAAGUACCUGAAGUUCGAGAAAGAUGUGGCUUACUUUUGCUUCUUGAAGUCCCCAGUCAAGGUGUCCAAACAAAUGAAGCUCGUCGCGGCGGUGUCCUGUGCACGGCUUUUUGCUUCCUAUCUGGACAAGAAGCAGCCUCAUUUGCCUGAUAAUGAAGAGAUGAUCCAAGCGCGAGUGCUGUUUUACAAAGCACAUGGCUUUGAGGCUUUGAACCGCUUGAGUUCGACUUAGAUCAAACUUGCUAAGUUUUUGCCGGAGCUAGGGAUUGUACGGGGUAUUGUCCAUCACAGUGCAAACACUGUGCAUACUUUGAUGGCUGAUGCCGGCUUCAUUUGGAAUCUGUUGAAGUUUGGUGUUGGCCUUUUCCCAAACCUUCUGAGAAAAAUC